GACGCGAGACAGUUGCGAGGGCUCUGGUAGCAACUUUGCGAAUGUCUCAACUGGACUAGGGUAUCACCCUAGACGAGAAGGCGGUUUUUUGUUCUGCUCUCUAUCUGGAGUUCCCCAUCCAUUUGCCAUGAGUAGAGAGUUCCUGGCGGAGCUGCAUUGGGAGGAUGGGUUUGCCCUCCCAGUGUCAAACGAAGGGAACAAAAUGCUGGAAAAUCAGUUAUCAAAGCUGCAGAAUGAAAAAUCAAACUUGGAAGAUCAGCUACAUGAUUACGAGGAUCGAAUUAAUGCUAUGAAUUCUCACUUCAAAAAUGUUAAGCAAGAAUUCUCAUUUACACAGUCUCUUUACAAAGCAAAGGAGAAUGAGAUUGAAAGUGAAGAACAUUUUAAGGCCAUUGCCGAAAGAGAAUUGGGACGAGUGAAGAGUGAAAUACUAAGACUAGAAAAUGAGAUCGUUUCCAUACGAGAACGGAAAACUGACAAGGAAAAUGGCAUAUUUAAAGCAACUCAAAAGUUGGAUGGUUUGAAAUGUCAAAUGAACUGGGACCAGCAAGCAUUGGAGGCCUGGCUAGAAGAAUCAGCUCAUAAAGAUAGUGAUGCCUUCACUCUUCAGAAAUAUGCACAACAAGAUGAUAAUAAAAUUAGGGCACUGACCCUGAAGUUAGAAAGACUGACCUUGGAAUGUAAUCAGAAGAGAAAGGUUCUUGACAACGAACUUACAGAGACUCUAAGUGCCCAGUUAGAAUUGGAUAAAGCAGCACAAGAUUUUCAGAAGAUUCAUAAUGAAAGACAAGAACUCAUUGAACAGUGGGAGAACACAAUAGAACAGAUGCAGAAGAGGGAUCGAGACAUAGAUGACUGUGCCUUGGCAUUAACAAGGAUAAAACAGGAAACAAGAGAAAAAGAAAGUUUGGUUAAAGAAAAGGUCAAGUUUUUGGAAAAUGAAAUUGGGAAUAACACAGAGUAUGAGAAAAGGAUUUCUGCUGCUGACCGUGAAGUUUUAAAAUGUAGAACAGAAUAUCAAAAUCAUGAAUCCAGUAGAAGUCAGCUGAAGGAUGAGCUGGAUUCUUUAAAAGCCACUGUAAAUAGAACUUCCAGUGAUUUGGAAGCUUUGAGGAAAAAUAUUUCCAAAAUAAAGAAGGACAGUCAUGAAGAAAGACAAAGGUUACAAAAAAUUAAAAAUCAUAAUCAGAUCAUUAGCAAAAAAUUAAAUCAUAUAACUGAGAAAACCAUGUCUGUGGAAGAGAAGGCCACCAAUUUGGAAGAUAUGCUAAAAGAACAGGAAAAGGGUGUAAAGGAAGUGGAAGUUCGAUUGAACAUAGUGAAAGAUGUGCUGUUUAAGAAAGUUCAGGAGUUACAGACUGAGAUGAUGAAAGAAAAAGCUGUUGUAUCAGAAAUUGAAGGAACCCGUUCCACUCUGAAACAUCUCAACAAUCAGUUACAUAAACUGGAUUUUGAAACCUUAAAACAGCAAGAAAUUAUGUACAGUCAGGACUUUUACAUUCAACAAGUGGAACGAAGAAUGUCACAGUUAAAGGGAGAAAUUAAUUCAGAAGAAAAACAAGCUCUGGAAGCAAAAAUUGUUGAAUUUAAGAAGUCUUUGGAAGAAAAAAAGUCUACAUUUGACCUUUUGGAAACACAGAUCAAGAAACUUCAUAAUGAUCUUUACUUUAUCAAGAAGUCGAACAGUAAAAAUUGUGAUGAAAAACAGUCCCUUUUGACCAAAAUAAAUGAAUUAAACCUUUUUAUCAACAGCUCAGAGAAAGAACUCAACAAAGCCAAAGUUUUUAAACAGGAUUUGAUGAUAGAGGAUAAUCUUUUAAAACUUGAGGUUAAACGUACUCGAGAAAUGCUUCACAGUAAGGCAGAAGAAGUUCUUUCCCUGGAAAAAAGAAAACAGCAGUUACUUACAGCUAUGGAAGAGCGAACCGAAGAAAUUAAGGUGCACAAAAUGAUGCUUGCCUCACAAAUAAGAUAUGUUGAUCAAGAAAGGCAAAACAUAAGUGGGGAGUUCCAUGAACGACUCAGUAAAAUUGAUAAGCUGAAAAAUAGAUAUGAAAUUCUUACUGUUGUUAUGCUGCCUCCUGAAGGUGAAGAGGAGAAAACACAGGCCUAUUAUGUAAUAAAGGCUGCUCAAGAAAAAGAAGAACUUCAAAGGGAAGGUGACAGUUUGGAUGCUAAGAUUAACAAAGCUGAAAAAGAAAUCUAUGCUCUAGGAAAUACCUUGCAAGUCCUGAACAGCUGCAACAGAAAUUACAAACAUUCUUUUAAAAAAGUGACUCCAUCUAGUGAUGAGUAUCAGCUAAAAAUUCAACUAGAAGAACAAAGAAGAGCUGCUGAUGAAAAAUACAGAUAUAAACAGAGACAAAUUAGAGAACUUCAAGAAGACAUCCAGAGCAUGGAAAACACUUUACAACUUACAGAACAUUUAGCAAAUAAUGUCAAAGAAAAACUAUCAGAGAAACAAGCUUUUGCAUCUCAAGUACAUAGAGAAACUGAAGAGCAGAAGCCAAAAUUAGAGAGAGUGACUAAACAGUGUGCAAAACUCACAAAAGAUAUCCGUCUUUUGAAACAAACAAAAGAUGAAACACCAGAAGAACAAGACAUUAAAGUCCGUGAAGUGAAGCAAUUUCAAAAGGUCAUUGAUGAAAUGUUAGUUGAUUGUAUAAAAGAAAAUGCUGCAAUCCGUUUUAUCCUUCAAACAUAUUUUAAGCAGAAUGGGUUAGAGCUACCAAUAGCUAGUAGUAAAGAGAGCCACCAGAGUUCUACAUCUUCACAGGCCUCACUGGUAUCACCAAGGUCAUCUAGGAGUAGCAUAAAUACUUCUGCUUCUCAGGCUUCGAUUAAAGUAUUAGAGCUCAACUUCCCAGACUCUUCACCAGUAGGCAGUAAUUCUAGGCCAAUCAGAGCUAGCAGUAGUUCUAGUAAUUUGAAAAGCAACAAGAGUGGCAAAUAAACAUCCGAAACUUUUUUGAACAAGUUUUAAACACAAAAACAA